AUUGAUUCUGUUAUACCACAUAAUUCUGAUACAGCACGUAAAGUUCCACCAUUAUCAAGCUACCAAAUUGUCACAGCAAAUUUUUAUUCUAAAGAUAAUCUAUGUAAAGAUGUUUCCAAAUUAUUCAUAAAAGGAAAGAGUGAAUUAAAUAACCACUCAAAUAUUGAUUUUGUUAAUUGA